UAUACAUCAAUUCUAAGAUGGCCUGUAAAGUUUUUCUUGUGACUGGUGCUAUGCUUUUAGUAGCUGUAGUACAGAUUCGUAGUUUGCAAGCCGAGGAAGAAACCAGGAAGCUUUCGCUCGAAUCCAGAAACAAGGCUGAUGAUUUGCUUAAAAAACUGAAAGAGGAAGUCGACAGAGCCAUGGCAAAGGCCCACAAGGCCCUUGACGACGCAAAGAAGAAGGUCAACGAAGCUGCAGACAAAGUCCAAGCCGAAGCCAAAAGACAAAUGCAGAGCACGUUGGAUAAACUUAAGGAAGAAUUGGAAACACUGAAGGAAAAAGCCAAAAAGGCAGGUGUAAAUAUCGACGAUUGUCUUAAAGGCAAUGAAGAUCGUCUGGUGAAUUUGCCAAACCAGCUGUCAAACGAUAUGGUACAUUGCGUUUCGGAUCAAAUAAAUAAGGCAAUAUCCUUCGCUCAAGACGCAUUGGACCAUCUCCAGAAGAUCGUCGACGAGGUGGAGAAUAUAAAACAAGAGAUAAAGGACUGCGGUCACGGUUUCCACGCUGUGAAGUGCAUAGCCAAACUGGCGGUCAGGAUCGAAAAGGACAUCACGACGCUACCGACCAGGAUCGAAGCAGACGUGACGGCCACCGUGGCGUUGAUCUCCAACCUGGACAAGGAGGUGAAGAAGUGUGCGUCGAAUAAAGUCGAUCAAUGCGAAAACGACGGGAAGAAGAUUUUGGAGGUCAUAGCGGCUUGUGUGGCCAAGAAAAUUAUUACGCAUUAAUCUCAAGGCCGAAUUGUUGUAUGAAAAUUGCCUGUGUCUUUAAUUUUUAAAAGUAUAUAGGAAUUAUCGA